AUGGAUUCCAACCCGCUACCUCCCAGGAGUUAUAUGCCCAAGAACCCAGACGGCCCAUUCCCCUACACGCAAGCAGAUCUCACGCCCACAGACCCCGGCAACGACACUUCGUUCUACUCGUCGCCGCGCUUCGUCACGCACAUUGACGACAACGCCAUCGAUAGUCUCCGAAGGUAUUAUGAUACCGUCUUGCCUCGAAGGGGGCGUAUCUUGGACUUCUGCUCCAGCUGGAUCUCGCAUUAUCCGCGCGACGUCGCGGAGGCCGCCGCGUCGGGGGAGGGGCACCUAGAAGUCGUGGGCACGGGGAUGAACGCGCUCGAAUUAAGCGAGAACAAGGCUCUCAAGCGUUGGUCCGUGCAGGAUCUCAACAGUGACCCAGACGUGCGAGUGCCGGGUGCGAGUGCCACGGGUGAGGAGUCGGGGUCGAAGGCAGACCAAAAACUCGACGCCUCGACGUGUGUGGUCUCGAUUGACUAUUUGACGAAGCCCCUGGAGGUGCUGAAGAGCAUUCGACACCACACAAAGGAAGGUGGAAAGGUGCAUCUGAUUAUUUCGAAUCGGUGCUUUCCUACAAAAGUCGUUGGCAGGUGGCUGCAGGUCGACGAGGAGGAUCGGCUGGCCAUGGUGGGCGACUAUCUGUGGUGGUCUGGGUGGCGGAACAUUGAGAUCCAGACGUUGGUCCAGGGAUCGUUCAUGACUGAUCCGUUGUGGGUGGUCAGGGGGGAGAAUACGGGCGAGGUCGCGCAGGCGCGCGGGAAUUGA